AUGAACCCCGGGGGUCCGUCGCCGCUUUCUUUGGCGGGGGAUGCGGAGCUUUCAGGUUCCUAUCCGGCCGGCAUCGUGGUCGACGCGUCCUUCCUCUCCACGUUCGUGGCUUCCUUCUUCGUCAUCAUGUGCUCGGAGCUUGGCGACAAGACGUUUUUAAUCACGGCGCUACUGGCCAUGAAGGAGGGCAACGCGGUCUACGUCUUCAUCGGCUCGAUCUCCGCGUUGUGGCUGAUGACGGGUCUGAGCGCCGCGGGAGGCGUGCUGCUCCCCACGCUGCUCUCGGCCGAAGUCACGCACUGGAUUAUGAUUGCCAUGCUGACGAUCUUCGGCGUGAAGAUGCUCAUCGAAGGAUUCUCUACAGACGACGGCGAAACCGGCGAAGAAAUGUCGCGUCUCGAGAAGGAGCUCGCCAUCAAGAAGGACUCAGAGGGGACUGAUACGGAGAUGAAAACCCGCGCCCAAGAGAAAGGCGCCGAGGACGCUGCCGGCUUGUCGCACCUCGACGGAGACGGCCCUCUAGCUCGUGAGUGGACCCAGGUUGCGCCGACGGAGGACGAGGAAGCGCGGAGGACGCUCAAGAGCGGCGAGGCGACCGCGCGGGACGUGCUGCGAUCGCCAGAGACGGCGUCGCGAGGCGUGUUGUGUCGAGCCGGAUGCGCCGUUGCCGCCGCGAUUUCGUCACUCGUGAACCCGGUUUUUCUGCAAAGCUUCGGGCUGACUUUCGUCGCUGAAUGGGGUGAUAGGUCCCAAAUGUCUACGUUCGCGCUGGCCGCGAGCCGAAACGUGGCGGGAGUCUUUGCGGGCGCUGCGCUGGGACACGCCCUCUGCACAGCGUUGGCGGUUAUCGGCGGAAAAGUUCUCGCCGCACGCAUCUCCGAGCGCUUGGUCUUGCUCGCUGGAGGCGUGAUGUUCAUCCUCUUUGCCAUCUUCGGUGCGGUCUUGGACGUGUGA